AUGUAUGGUAUGACAGGACACAUUCUGGACAAAACUCCACCAGCUCUACCAAUACUAAGUAAGGAAUAUGAAAGAAUUCUGGCUGAUGAGUUCAAGAUAUUUGGAUACCCAUCCAGUUUAGCUGGAGAUCGGAAAAAUAUAUUAAAUGGUUAUCCUCAUCAUCCCUAUGCUCUUGGAGCACUUCCAUAUAUGCCAUUAAAUCAUCCAAUGAUGUCACCACCAGUUUCCAUGGCUAUGGCUAAUCAUCUGGCAAUGCGGCCAGAAGCACCAGUUAUGAAAGAGCGAUCAAGUUCAGAAUCAGAUGUCUUAUCUCCAAGGUCCAAUGAUGAAAGAUCAGAUGUAGCUCUAAAACUAACAGACAAAGUUUCACAUCACAUGGUUGACAAGCCAUAUCAGACUUUGGCACAGAAUGAUCAAAGUCACAAACCUCUAAAUUUGCACAUCAAUGGGCAUGUUAGGGAUCUCUCCAAAACUGGCAUGAAACGUGACUUUGAAGAUGAUGACAAUGAUGAUGAUAAAGAGUCAGAUGAUGAGAAGGAUGAUGAUUUAGAUGACAGUGCUGAUGCAAGUGACACAAUACCUAAUGGUGACACAACAGAUAAAACCUCCACACAAACACAUCACUUUUCAUCUCAGGUCCUCAAUGGUGAAGCUCCAAGUGUAUCUUCAAUAGAAACACUGCUGUUGAAUAUCCAAGGACUUUUGAAAGUUGCUGCUGAGAAUGCUAGACAUCAUGAGCGACAGAUCAAUUUUGAGAAAGCUGAAUUAAAGAUGGAUUUAUUAAGAGAACGUGAAUUAAGGGAAAAUAUGGAGAAACAGUUAAUGGAUGAACAGCGGACACGAGUAAUGCUACAGAAGCGAUUGAAAAAAGAGAAGAAAGCGCGAAGGAAAAUCCAAGACCAAAUGGAAAUAAUUGAACAAAGAGGUACCAGUAGCAUGAUUCCAAGUGAACACAUGUCAACUCCUCCAAAUGACAAUAUGAUCAAUACAAAUGACUGUCACAAUCAGGACCUGGAAAGAGAAAGAAGCUAUGCAGAAGCUGCUGAAAAAAAAUUUCAAGAUUCUCAAGAACGAACUUCUCAUUUAUAUGAAACCUACAUUUCUCACACUAGUAGUCCUGGUGCAACCCGCUAUGCCUAUCAUCCAAUGAUCAAGAAUGAUGUUCAGUGA